AUGAGGGGUCGCCAGCUGGCCCUCGUCCGUGGUCUCGGCGGCCAGCUUCUUGCGCACGUCGCGCGAGCCGUCUCGCGCGGCACCAGAGCCCUGCGAUCGAGCAGGCGUUGCUGCUGCCCUGCUGCGCGAAGCGCGGUGAUAGGGCGCUCCUCUGGCGAGAUAGUCGCCGCGCACGCAGCCGGCGCCGUGUCGCACAGGGAUGCGAUCAGGGAUGCCUACCAUAGAGGCCUCUUGUCGUCGCAGGUGGUCUCCAAACUGAAUGGCCGUCUCGGUUCGAUGCUCGCAGCUGGUCCGGCCGAAACGGAAACCAGCGCGUUUUUCGCCGAGCACGACCCGGAGGAAAAAAUUACGAUCGUUUGUACAAACAGACCCCGGAGCGUUACGUUGCUUGGCGAGGCGUUUGCCGUGUCGAGGAUCGAACGGGCUCUGCGCGAAACUGGACAUUUUGCGCGCGGCCUCCGAACCGGAAGUAUCGCGUACCAAUUUCCAUACAUGGACGCAAUUGGCAGGGACUUUGUCCAAGCUAUUGGUUCAUUCGACUCGACCAGUCCAAAUUCCUUAAACGUCCCCAUAUACUCCUCGGUGAGCGAGGGUCCUAUUCCGGAUGCAGCAGUUCUAUCUUCGGCAAACUACUGGUAUUUAAACAUGAAGUCGCCGUCUAAGGGACAAGCUGCCCGGCAGGCGGCGGACGAGUUCCAGCGCACUGCCGAGAUGGCGUGGAGGCAGGAUAUCGAUCGAUUAUUUCCUCAAUGGAAGCACCACUUUGGCGCCGGCACGGACUCGGCAGACCGCAACUACGCGAACCUGGUGGGCCUUUUUGCUCACAAGCGAACAGACAUACACGCCCUUUUUCGUAGGGGCGUCGUCGCUUCUGCGCGCGUCGUUAGAACAAGGUAA